GUUGAUUGACCAAAACAACGAACAUUUUCGUUUUGGAAUUUCAUCGUUUAGCAUGUCAAUGAACAAAUAUGGUGACCUUACUAAGUUGGAGUAUAAAAAUUUACUGGGCGCACCAAUUAAUGGUCGGACAAAUAGAAGAGGAAAGAUUGCAUCUGCUCAGGUGCUCCGUUCCAGUGCCAAGAGACUGGGAUUGACCACUGUGGACUACAGAGCAAUGGGAUAUGUUACUGAAGUUAAAGACCAGGGAUUCUGUGGGUCGUGUUGGGCAUUCAGUACUACAGGUGCCAUUGAGGGACAAAUGUUCAAGAGGACGGGGCAGCUGGUGUCCCUGAGCGAGCAGAAUCUGGUGGACUGCUCCAGGUCUUAUGGCACAUAUGGAUGCAGUGGUGCCUGGAUGGCAAAUGCCUAUGAUUAUGUGGUCAACAGAGGGUUGGAGAGCUCCGACACCUACCCCUAUACAUCAGUGGAUACUCAGCCCUGUUUUUAUGACAGCAGCCUGGUUGUUGCCAGAAUCAGUGACUACAGAUUCAUCCCGGCUGGAGAUGAACAGGCACUGGCUGAUGCCGUGGCAACUGUGGGUCCAAUAACUGUUGCCAUAGAUGCUGACAACCCAAGUUUCCUCUUUUACAGCUCAGGGAUCUACAAGGAGUCUAGCUGUAAUCCUAACAACCUCAAUCAUGCUGUGCUUUUGGUUGGUUACGGUUCAGAUGGUGGCAAAGAUUACUGGAUAAUCAAAAACAGUUGGGGAACAGGAUGGGGUGAAGGAGGCUACAUGCGAAUGAUCCGAAAUGGCAAAAACACCUGCGGGAUUGCCAGCUAUGCUCUCUAUCCUGUUGUAUGAGAAGAACUUGAAAUUUUGCAAUAAAGACAAA